CUGCCAACUGCGAAACCGCCGCGCCAAUGCUACGUCAACAACAUCAAGCACUGCUCCCGCUGUGGGAAAACUCCUCUACAUCCACCCUACCCCAAAUCCCCGUUACUUCCGCCAAUGUUAAUAAGCACUGCUUUCUGUCGUCCUCCUCCUCCUCCUGUCGUCCUCCUCACUUUCACUCUCUUCAUUCCUACCCUGCUCUCUGUUUUCAGUCCCAGAAGAGGAGCUAUAAAUCAGCUCCCAAUUCCAAAACAAAUUGAAAACCACAACUUCCCCAGCCAUCCCAAUCCCAUUCUGCUUUGACUUUAUGUACUUUUACUCGUACUCAACUUUGCUCUUUCUUGCCUUCCCCGGCCGGCCCCCCCCCCCCCCACCACACACAAACACCCUCUCCCCAUCCUUAAAAAGUUCCCCUUUUCACCUGCAUCCAACACUGUCACCCCAGAAAGCUUUUAACUGCUAACUUUUUCAAACGAAGAAGCCCACUACAGCUAUAGUUUCAGGAAUUUCUUUUAUUCGUGGAAACCAAAGGGAAAAAAAAUCGUGCGCGCUCAUGAGAGAAAUUCAAUAAAAUCUGAUCUAGUCAGAUCAUUCUGGAUGAUGACUUGAUUUUACAUUCUUCUGGCUAAAGGAGCUUCUGAGAUAUGGUGAAGGACUUCAUUCCCUUGUCAUGGCAAGUACUAUUUUAAGCUUCUAGUGUGUUUGCUUAAUGUACUCCCACUGAUGGUAUUAUUGUGUUCUCAUACUAAGGUUUGCAUGUUAACACUUGCACCUUGAUGAUGAUGCUGAUUAGGAGGUAUGAUUCCAAUAAUGCAGAAGAACUGAUGUAUUUUUAUGCAUGUGAGAGUAGGCACAUCAAAGUUGGCUUCUGCAGCUAUAUGAGCAGUACAAGGGAUGUGAAUCCUUUAUCAGCUCUGUUUAAGCAUCUUGAAGAGGGAUGAGAAUACUGUAGGUGCAACCAUGGAGCCAUGUUAGGCACUGCUCCUGCUCAGCAUCUUUUGCACUAUGGCCCCAAGACCCCUCCGCCUCAGCUCUAGACGCCCUUCUAGAAAUAUACAUAUCAUUAUAAUACUCUUGAUACUUGUUCCUGUCAGCAUUAUUGGAAUAUUUAACCAUGGCCAGAAGAUCUCCUAUUUUUUCCGCCCACUUUGGGACCGACCUCCAGAACAGUUCGAACGCCUACCUCAUUAUUAUGCAGAGAACAUUUCCAUGGGCCAACUCUGUCGUCUUCAUGGCUGGACCUUGCGCUUAGAGCCGCGCCGAGUAUUUGAUGGCAUUAUAUUUAGCAAUGAGCUGGACAUUCUUGAAAUUAGGUGGCAUGAACUCCUUCCUUAUGUUACUAAAUUUGUAAUUUUGGAAGCCAACACCACCUUCACUGGCGUCCCGAAACCUGUCUUUUUUGCUUCAAAUCGGGAUCGAUUUGCAUUUGCAGAGGAAAAGGUUGUCCAUGACGUAUUUCCCAGUCGCAUUCUUCGGCGUGGUUCACAUGAAAACCCAUUUAAUCUUGAAGCAGAGCAGCGUGGGGCUAUGAAUCGAUUACUUCAAGGGGCAGGUAUUUCGGAGGGCGACCUCCUCAUCAUGUCGGACACUGAUGAAAUACCAAGUCCUCACACUGUGAAACUACUGCAGUGGUGUGAUGGGGUACCUCCUGUCUUACAUCUGGAGCUGAAGCACUAUCUGUAUUCCUUCGAAUUCCCGGUUGACUAUAGUAGUUGGCGUGCUACAGUCCACAUUUACAACCCCUGGACCCGGUAUCGACAUUCGCGACAAUCCAAUUUUAUUCUGUCCGAUGCAGGAUGGCACUGUAGCUUUUGCUUCCGGUAUCUGCGAGAAUUUGUGUUCAAAAUGACUGCCUAUAGUCAUGCAGACCGAGUUAGGCACAGAAGUUUUUUGAAGUACUCCAGGAUUCAGAAGCUCAUCUGUCAAGGAGAUGAUCUUUUUGACAUGUUACCUGAAGAGUAUACUUUUAAGGAAAUUAUCAAGAAAAUGGGUUCAGUACCUCGUUCAGCAUCUGCAGUACAUCUUCCUGCUUACUUGGUGGAGAAUGCAGAAAAGUUCAAAUUCCUUCUCCCUGGAGGUUGUACUCGCUCAACAGGAUGAACAUCCUUCUCAAGGGGGAAAGAAACAAGGGUUGUUUAAACCCCAUAUCGUUUUUGUAACAGGUAGAAGUGAUCACUUAGGUAGGUUGGCUACUUUCCGGGCAUCCAUAUUAAGCUACUCGAGUUUCUGAAGACUUUUAACUGAGUAGCAUUAGACAACGUAUUCUAUUUCUCUGUCGUUGCUCCUCCAUCUUUUUCUUUUUC